AUGGAGCUGAAUGUGGGUACAACGCCUGAAAAAGCCCAACAUUAUGUCUAUGUGCACCGCGUACGACCUAGUCGCAACAUCAUUUAUCAGGUCUCCGUAGGGCUGGCCCUUUUGGUUUUACUGGGAUGCCUUCAAACACCAUCCGCAGUUCUCUUUAUGGAUGCAGCCUUGACGCUAGACGUCAACACGCAGAGGGAAAUUUUACACUUGAUUGAGGAGCCGAUGAGCUGUAUCCAAGGUUCUUCACCCCUCACACGAGAAAAACUGCUCUCUACAAUUUCUCUGCAACCUAAAAGUCCUGAAUCGCGGCAUGGUCUUCCCGGCUUUGCACCGGUUGAGUUUGAUCAAGCAUCAGACCAACAAGGCCAGCCGACGCCGAUUAAAUCGAUGUCUGUGACGGAAGCUGAAGACUGUCAUUCUCGGAUUGCUAGCCAGCCUCUUCAUGAGGAUGGUGACUGGAUUUCAGGGAGGCUACCUCCGGAUGGUGUGGACCUGUUCCGGACUGGGCUAGCAGAACCUUUUAUUACUAGUUCACCACUUGUCCAAGAUAGCAGUCAAGCCCGGUCUGUCGAUCUUCGUAAAACCAUCGUUCCCACAACUGCCUCUGUGGCCGAUCAGCCGUCCUCAGCCAUCAAUGAACAGGCUUCAGUUACGACUGUCCCCAAUCAUCGGCGCCCUACUAAACUUUCAGUUGCUGUCUCUGAGGAUGCGUUUCUCAUGCCUCCCCCACCCCCUCCUCCACCGCCACCACCGCCAGUCUCGACGCAGACACAACCACUGGGCAGUGGUCAGAACUCACCAACCGCAGGUUCGGAUUCAGCCUCACUUCCAGCAAUGUCUCCGCUGGCCAAUAUAAGGAAUCUGGUCGAAUCACCCCUCUGGAGUAGCAAGGCACGAUUACGCGAAGCGGAGCGAGGACUGCGGGAGAUGCGCCGCGAGUUGGCACAGUCGCGUGCGGAACGCGAAGAUGCA